GCUGCAGCAUGCAGUGCGGCUGCGUGGCCCCGGGGCUGCCCGCCCUGCCUGGCUCCUACUGGGUACCAGGGCUUGCCUUCCCAGAUUGGGCGUAUAAGGCCGAGUCCAGCCCUGGCUCGCGACAGAUCCAGCUCUGGCACUUCAUCCUGGAGCUGCUGCAGAAGGAGGAGUUCCGCCAUGUCAUUGCCUGGCAGCAGGGCGAGUACGGGGAGUUCGUCAUCAAGGACCCCGACGAGGUGGCACGGCUGUGGGGCCGGCGGAAGUGCAAACCCCAGAUGAACUACGACAAGCUGAGCCGAGCUCUCAGGUAUUACUACAACAAGCGCAUCUUGCACAAGACCAAGGGCAAACGCUUCACCUACAAAUUCAACUUCAGCAAACUCAUCUUCGUCAACUGCCCUCUGUGGGACCUGCGCUGCCCCCCAUUGCUGGCAGGCGCCGUUCCCCCAGCCCUGCCGAGCCAGGUAGAGUCCCAUCACAGCGAGGACAGCCCUGGGGAUGGCUGUUCAUCCCCACCUCUGCCACGGCUGAGCACCGUGUCCCCCCCGUGCCUGGGGGGCUCCUGCUGCCGCCUGGGGGGCCCCGAAGAGUUCCCCCGCUUGGCUGCCUUCCCCUGCCCUCUGCUGCCUCCCCCGCUGAGGGAAUGGACCCCCUUCCCCAUCCUGCACCCCUCACCGCACCCUACAUCGCUGCUGCCCCCCCAGCUGGGACCCCCCUCUCCCAUGGGGCUCCCCAAAUCGGAGCCGUUCCCGCUGGGCCCCCGUUGCCCCCCUGGGCUCCUCGGUGGCCACACCAUGGCUGGAGGGGGGCUCACAGGCGAGCAACCCAGGGAGGACGGCGAGGAGGAGGAGGAGGUGGAUGAAGGCCGGCGUGGCACAGCCAUGGUACAGAGGGUGAAGCUGCAGCUGGAGGGCAGAGAGAAGGGCAGCAGUGGGCUGUCCCCUGCCAGUUUCACCCCCCCACAGCGUGCCGUACCCCCACAGCCCCCCAGCUGGCCUCUGCAGCCACCCUAA